AUGAAGUUGAAUCUGGCCACUGGCCUGUUGUGCCUGCUCGCAACGACUGAAGUGGUUGCAGCCACCAGUUGGUGGAACAAAGCUGUCUACAACAAAUGGCACGAGACUGAGCUCGAGCGAUGGCUGUCCGACCACGACAUUCCCUACCCUACUCCCGCCGACCGUAGGGAUCUGGAGCAACUAGUCAAGUCCAACUGGCAGGCCCGCGUUCAGAAGCCUCUGGGCAAUGCUGUGGAUCGCGUGAGCGAAGAAGUUCACGAGGCCAAGGAGUGGAUUUUUGACAGUUGGACCGAGUCCCAGUUAAAGUCUUUCCUGGACCGCCACGGUAUUCCUGCCCCUCAGCCCCGUAAGCGCGAUGCGCUGGUCAAGGCUGCACGUGAGAACUACGAGACCAUCGCCAAGAAGGUUGGCGAGACCGCGGCCUACCCUGGUGACUGGCUGUACGAGAACUGGUCCGAGUCUGAUCUCAAGGAGUGGUUGGAUACGCGCGGUUGGCCUGCACCCCAGCCUACCACCCGUGACAAGCUGAUUGCCUCUGUUCGCCGCAAUUCUCGUCUGGCUAGUCUGCAGGCCCACAGCAUCUCCGCAUCCGCCAGUGCCUCUGCCGCGGCCGCGCAGGCGUCCUUGAGUGAGGAGCUCUUCAACGCGUGGUCUGACUCGAAGCUGAAGGAGUUCCUCGAUGAGCACAAUGUCAAGGUUCCCCAGGGUUCCAAGCGCAACGAGCUUGUCGCCCUGGCUCGCAAGCACCGUGCUUAUCUGGUGGACCAGGCAUCUAGCGCUUCCUCAUCGGCUACAUCCGCGUUCGGGGCUGCUACUACCAAGGCAGGAAACCAAUUUGCCAAAGCUACCGACGACAUCAAAUUGAAGGCCGAGGACCAAUUCAACAAUGCCAUCAAUACGUGGUCCGACUCUCGCCUGAAGGCUUUCCUGGAUGCCCGUGGUGUGCCCGUGCCGCAGUCGGGCAAGCGCGAUGAGCUAGUCGCCAAGGUGCGCUCCAAUGCGCACCGUGCCGCUGGCGGAUGGAAUGUCCACAACUUCGAGAGCUGGGACAAGGAGCACCUCCUCAAGUACCUCUCUGCCCAGGGAGACAAGGCUGGAAAGAAGGCCGACGCUUCCCGAGAGCAGCUGGUGAAACAGGCCAAGGAUUCGUACGCAAAGGCCUCCAAGGCCGGCGGCGAGCAGUACGCCUCUGCUACCAAGAAUAUCGCCUCCGCCACCGGUACUGCUAAGGAGACCACCUUUGACAACUGGUCGGAGUCUGACCUCAAGAGCUUCCUGGACUCGUAUGGCAUCCCCACCUACCAAGGAUCCAACAUCAACGAGUUGCGCGCCGCCGCUCGUCGUCAAGCAACCUACUUCCGUUACGGCACCACUACCCCCCAGGAGACCAUCUACGCUAAGAUGAUGGAGAACGUCAACUGGGUCCUUGAGAAGCUCAAGAUGGGUGCUUCCAGUGGUCGCGCCCAGGGCCAAGAGGCUGCCGAGAAGGUCCGUGAGAAGGCUGUCGAAGAGACCGAGAAGGUCCGCAGUGAGCUGUGA